UCCAGUUAGGUCCUUCCUACCCAGGUCCCCUGACAGCUACCGGUAAACAUGUGGAAGGCCUUAACUCCACUACUCAUUCUCGUGGUCGCCACUGUGGCGCCACUGACUUCCGCCCACGAAGGGAAGUACUCCACUAAGUACGACAAUGUAGACCUGGACGAGAUCCUCAAUAAUGAUCGGCUCUUCAACAAUUACAUUGACUGCCUGCUGGACGAUGGUGACGAACGAUGCACCCCAGAGGGUAAGGAACUAAAGGGAGUCAUUCCAGACGCCUUGCAGACUGAGUGUGCGAAAUGCAAUGAUAAGCAGAAAGCGAGAGUGGAUAAGGUUGUCAAGUUCAUAAAAGACAACAAGAAGGACUCGUUUGAGAAGCUGAAGGCCAAGUAAGACCCCGA